AUGAUCGACACAGGGCCGCCUAGUAUGCCGGCCAGCCCGGAGGAGGCCCCGUGCACCGUCUGCUGCUGCACGCUGACCAACAAGAUCCUGAUGGUGAUCUUCAUGAUCCUCCUGAUUCUGGCCAUACUCUUCGGCAACCUGCUGACUUUGGCGGUCGUCUUGGGAACCAAGCACUUCCGCACCCCGCAGGGCUACCUGAAAGCUUCUCUGGCGGUGGCCGACCUCGCCGUGGGCGCCUUCGUAGUGCCUCUGUCCGUCUACGCCGAGAUCUACCUCAUGGUCGGCGACUCGGCGCCCGAGUGGACGGCAUCCAGCUCGCAGUCGGUGAGCUUCCACCCCUGCACUGUCAUCGGACCAGUCUUCGCCGGGUGCACGCUGGUGUCCAUCACCACCAUCUUUCUAAUGACCAUCGAGCGUAGCAUCGCCGUGUUGAGGCCUCUGCACAAGGACUCGGUCAUCACGCGGAAACGGACCACCAUCCUGAUCGCGCUCUCCUGGCUGGGGAGUUUCUUCCUGGCCGUCUCGCCCUUGCUGUUCAGCCGCGAGAUCGUCCUGGAGUACAACACCUGCAGCCGCAUGUGCAACUACGCCUUGGGGACCAUCGGUCAGUUUCCCAGCCAGGCCUGGAAUAUCCUCCUGCUCUUUCCCGCCUUUGACUUCACCCUGCUAGGCGGAACGGUGGCCAUCAACAUCAUCUCGCUGUCCAGCAUCAGGCAACACUCAAAGCGCAGGAAGCACCUAGCGGAGGCCGAGUGCCAGAAAGCUAGCAAGCCCACCUUCUCCGACAUCAAGGCGGCGAAGACUAUUGGGACACUGACCGUGGCUUUCACCGCCUCUUUCACCCCGAUCGCCGUCUUUGUGGUGGGGAACGUUCUGGGCAACGAGUGGUGCAACUUCUCCUUCUUCGCCUUCUGGAUUUUGGCCACUAACAGUUGCUGCAAUGUGAUUAUUUACAGCGUGCGCGACCAGAAGUUUAGACUGUGUGUGCACAAGUUGCUACUCAGAGACGGCAACAAAAGCUGUAGACAAACUUGA